AUGGAUGCCGAAAACUUUGCAAAGCUCACGGCAAUCUUGGACUUGCUUGACCGCUACAAGAAGAAUCUUGCACAGGCACUGCAGCAAGAAGCACCUGGACGGGCGCGGAGCGUGUUACAGGCAGGCCGAACCCUUUCCAAGAGGUCGACGCGCACGGAAGGCUUAUUUGGCUUCGGCAGCGGCAAUGAAGCUCACCAGCAAAUGGACGCCGUGGCGCAUGCCCUGGAGCGGCGCAAGACAAUCAAACGUACUCAGACGCUGCUGCUCCGGAGGCGAACACGCGUACGCAGGUCUUUUCCAAGCUUGUCAGAGCCCGCGAGCAAGUCUGUUUCCAUUUCUUGCCUUGACGAGGAACUGCAGAGUUGCGUUGCCAGCCGCGGCAUGCUACAUAUGUUCGGAAGCAACCGAAGCACAGACAAGCAGGAAUCAGAUGAAUCCGACUGCGAUGCACAAAGCGAUUGCCUGGAUUACAUGUCGGAUAGGGACGUCGAACCCCCUGACGUUGACUGGGAAGAUUCAGCAUCCCAAAGGAGGCUCUCCACUUGCAGUCUUGAGAACAUGACAACAGAUGAUUAUACCAAUCUGCAUCCCCAGGUCUUGGGUCAGCUAUUUGAUAAAAUUUUGGACUAUCUUCAAAAUGAUUUUGAUGAUUUAGUAGGAAAGUUGAAGGAACAGAAUGUACACUUGAAGCAGGACGUUAUAUCGCUGAGAAAAAAGCUUCAAGAUGCAGUGGAAACCAAUGAUGAGCAGGUUCAAGAACUCAAGGAGAUGACCGAGCGCAUUUCAGAUUUAGAGGCCGAGGGACGGGAACUGACACGCCAGUUAAGUACAUUGGAAGCACGCAUCAAGGCAUACCAGGAGAACCAGAAGGAUUUGGUUAAACUCGAGGAAGAAAAACAUAACUUGAGCAGGGAGUGUGCGGCUCUCCAAGAGCUUAUUAAGAAACUGACCGUGCAAGCUAGCACCCAGGACUCUCAGAAAGUGACGGAACUGGCGCAUGAUCUUGUUACGCUUAAAGGCACUACUCAAGCGAAGGACGAAGAAAUAAAGUCUCUUAAGCGAGAGCUGGAUCGCAAGGGCAGGCUACUGGAGUCUUUGAAUGUGACGCUGAGCACACAACAACAAGCUCCCACCUUGGAGUCGCCCAGAGGAGGAGAUGUCACGAGCAGGCAAGUCACACCUCGGGGCUCUAUCAGCCAUUUGUUUGGUGCGGCGCCAAACCCUCGCAGGGCGUCUGUAAAGCAACUCCUUGUCACUCCCCAACCCGUCCCUGCGGAGCCUGCCGUGUCAUUGGCCACCGAGCUGCACCUGACCAAGUUGGGCAGCAUGCCCCGUAGGCUGAGCGAGGUACAGGACAAGCUGAGAUCAACCCUCGCGGAGCUGGAUACAGUAAGGCAAUCCAAUGAAGAACUUAAAGCAGAACUCACUGCGAUUAAGAAGGAAAUGGAAGAAAGAGAUGCAGUUUCACAACAGAAACUGGAGGAACGUUCUCGCGAGCUUGCUGCCGCCAGAGAACAACUGGAGAGGAAAUCCGCUGAGCUACAGCGCACUGCGCAGGCCCUUGAAGCUACCAAAGACGAUCUCAACACUUCGACUGCUGCCCUGUGCUUGACGGCUGCAGAUAAUGAGCAUUUGCAGGCUCAAGUGCAAGAAGCAAGGCAAAUGCUUCGUGACGCUCAGGAAAGCCAUGCCAAUGCUUUGGCAUCGAGGGCACCAGCAGAUGUUGUGAAGAGUCUUGAGGAGAAAGUAGCGGAGCAGCUCAAAGAGUUGCAAGUGAAGGCGUCCCUUCUCGAUCAAGCUGAGAAGCAUCAAGCAGAACUAGAGGAGCAGAGGGCUACUCUUCAGCGCAGUGUGGAAGAGAAUAUGAAGCAGAUUGAAGAGCUUUCCUCGCGUGUGAAGAGCCUUGAGGGACAGCUAGUAGAAACGACGAACGUCGCGAAUGCGCUUGGCGUGACUACUCAUAAACUAAUGGAACUCGUGAAACGUGGGAGUGUUAGCGAGGAGGAACGCGCCGAGGCGGAGAAGCGGAGAGAGGAGUUACUAGAGUUGCUCGAGAAAGAACGUCGCCGCGCUGACGCUUUGGCACAGAGCGCCCUCCAGCAGCGUUCCAUGGAAGCAGAGCAACGUGAGUUUGAAGCCAAUGCUAGGGAAAUGCAAGAACAGCUCCAGCAACAAGUGGAGUUUCUGAAGGGUAGGCUGGCUAAACAAGAAAGCGAAGCGGAGACUUUGAAGCAAGAGCUGGUGGCGCAAGCCAAUGCAGCGCAAGAGGCGAAAGAGGAGAUGCAGGCAGAGCUUCGCUCUGCAUACAACAAAUUGCAAGAACUGAAAGAGCAACUUCAAGAGGCCACACGGCAAAAAUUCGAACUUGAGAUGAAAACAGCAGAAUUCACGACUCAGAAGGAAGCAAUGAGCCGGCUAAAUGAAGAAAAACAGGAGGCACUGAGGGUGCAGGAAAGGGAGGUGCAGCACAUGCAGGUGCGCAUGCAAGAGCUCCUCGACAAAAUUCAAGAUUUUGCCACUCGUGAAGCUGCAUUCACAGAAGAGGCUGAGCGCUUGAAAAAGAAUAUUGCUGACCUUGAGCUCGGGCUCCAGGCCGAGAAGGAGGAAACCCAGCAGCUUUUGUCCCAGAAGGAAGAAGAGAAGCGACAACUGGAAUUAGCUCAAAAGGCUGCCCUUGCAGUCAUGCAGGAACAAAUUGAACAGUUAGAGAAAGAGAAAUGCACUGCUUUAGAACAAGCUGAUCAAGGAGCUUUGUGCCUGAGGAAGGAGUAUGAGGAACUCGCAGAGACAAUAAAAGGUCUGAGAGAGCAGAAUUCAUCCCUUUCUGCUCAACUGGAGCAAGCGAAUAAAAGCCAUGAGCAAGUAGCGCUUCAGUGGCACCAAAAGCACGAGGCUCUUCUUGACAGUUUGAGCAAGGCUCAGGAAAAGUACAGAGAACUUGAGGCUACGCUAGAGCGAAGCACGGAACAAUACCAAAGAUCUCUAGAAGAUGCCCAGCGACAGCUUGUGAAGCUGCAGGCAGCUGAACUUGAGGGCAGGGAGGCUCAGUUCAAAGAUCGUUUGAAAGAACUUGAGCAGGGCUGCCUUCGACUUCACGUUGAAGUGUCUGAGCUUAAAGAGAGGCACGCGACAGCACCGCAGCCUGUUAUGCAGGAUUGGAAUCUGUAUGAGGCAGCAGGGCUGAAGGCGCAGCGGGAUGUUCUUGCAGAGCAGGUGGAGAAGCUGCAUGAGCAACUCAGGGCAAAGGACAUGGAAAGUGCACAUGCAAUAGAUAAGGCAGAAGAAAAUCAAAGGCAUUUCCAGCAACUGCUUGCUUCACUGCAAGAGCAACAAAGAAAAUUGGAGGAGCAGGCGAGCAAUCAAAAAGAAAAAGCUCUCAUUGCAGCAAAUGAACGCAUGCGUCGGGAAAAUGAAUAUCUAAAGGGAGAGCUAGAGGAGCUCAAGGCCCUCAUUCUGACGGAGCGUCGAGAUGCUGGGCUUGCCGGUGUACUCGAAGUGCUGCAGCGACAACUACAUGACCUCGCUAACGAGUUCAAUGCCUUCAAGAAAGUUGAGGCUCAGCAACUCUCAGACUUGAAGGGGGCGGUUAGUGGUACAACUCAGGUUUUUAAUGUUUCUUAUCCUCCAUUUGUUAUUCCGCUGGUGAACGUCCACGAGAGCCGGGACAGCAACGACAAAACCAUCAACAUAUCUGGCAUGCUGGACAUCCGUGCUGCGGCAACGGGUAUAGUACCUUCUGGUUUUGGUGGCGUUUCCCGUCCACCGAUUCCGGCGUUGCAGGGCAGCAGGUUCCAAGAUUGGCUAUGCAAGUGGCGCGACGGCUGCUGGUCAGCGAAUGACUCUCAGAAUGCACACACAUGCUGUUCUUCAGCUGCCUACUCGACUGACAUGCAAUCAGAGCGAUGGCAAACCCAUACACAAGUUUUCAAGCCAGCUUAUCGGGAGACAUUGACUUAUCGCCGCCGGAGACAAGUCGAAACGGCAACGUUGCAUCGGCUACAGCUUGCUGAGGCUCGCUGCCAGCAGCCGAGUUGUACCGUCUACUGCACUGCGACUUGUUGA